AGAGCAGCGGAUUGACAGGUGGGCUCUGACUGUCAGGGUGACGCUUGUGGAGGGGUGGAGUAAAGCAGAGGCCGGAAAGGCAGCUGAAUGUGUCUGUCUAUCAGUGGGAGCUGUCUGAAUUGCACCGCGCAUCAUCCACCGAUGUGCGCACGUUUCCACUGCGGAGAAUUAAGCCGCUUGUUGUGGACGCUCGUUGCGCUUUCGUGAGAAUAAACAACAACAACACUGCACAAAGGCAACACAAGGAACACUAACAAGAAGAAGAAGAAGAAGAAGGAGAAGGAGAAAGAAGGAGAAGGAGAAGAAGAGGGCACGGUGUGCGGUUUCAGAGGGCGGGCCCGCUCUCUGUCUUCUCUCUGAUGACUUUCUGAAAAAUUUCGUCAACUGUCCAUAUUGACAAGGCGGAAGGCGCUUAUACUGCGUGUGUCUGCGUGUUGGACACCGGAGCGGACACCUUGUCGCACGCGAGCAGCGUGGACUCCUCUUCUCUUCUCCUCUCCUCUUCUCCUCUUCUCCUCCACCGCCGUCACGCGAGGAGCUGAGUUUUGUGGUGUGUUUUUUUUGUACCUCCACGUUUGCCGUGAACAGAGGUGUGAAAGAGUCCGGUGAGAGGUGACGCGAGCGCGGCGAGGACGAGGCACAGACAGAUGUCCGUGUAUCUUACACGUCCUCCACUCCACUCCACGACAGACUGAGAUCCGCACGGAGCUGCUUGUUUUUUUUUUUUAUUAUUUAUUUCUUUCAUUUUUUUUCUCCCACCCAGUUCUCAGCCCGCAGUGAGUUUGUGUGAUCGGAAGAAGUUAAUGCACGAGACCAUUUUUUAUUUUGUUACGCUCGUUUUCUCAGCGGACAAACAUGACCAGCGGCGCGUAAAAGAGAUUAAAGAAGAACAAAAAAGACACUUCCUCACUCCUGCGUGGGAGCUACACUGUAACCAACCCACAGCCACGAUCUCUCUCUCUCUCUGUCUGUCUGCCUGUCUGUCAUCCUGCUGAAGAACUGAGGGAAACGCUGCUCCCGCUGCUGCCGCCGCUGCUGGCUUUGAUUUCCUCCCGUUGCACCGGUUUCCUCUCGUCAUUUUGUCCGCUAUUUUGAUCUCUGCAUGAAAAGUCAAGCGGAAAGUCUUGCAGCAGCAUGCCGAGGAGAAAGCAGCAAGCACCGCGGCGGUCAUCAGGUGGAGGGAGUGCAACCCGCGCCCGAUCAAACGGGGUCAUUCAGAGUUCACCACCUCCAGCUUAUGGACCCGAGGAUGAAUUCACAUUGGACAAAAUUGAUGAAGAGGAACAUCUGCUGGAUGACGGCCUCUCUCUGGAUGGUCAAGAUGCAGAUUAUCUGUUCAAUGAGGAUGAGGAUGGAAGAGAUCAUUACAGCUGCCAGAACUCUCCAUUCAGCAAUGGCACAAACCCAGACGCUGGGUAUGCCUCCCCACUCAGCACAACCAGUGACCAACUGGUGGACCUUAAAACCUCUUCCUCCUUCAGUGAUGGUCAGGACAAGGUAGUGGAGAAAGUAGAGGAGAGCACAGAGUCCAUCAAUGGCCUCUCGCUGCAGGACAGUCUGGCAAAAAUGAAAGCCGUCUAUGCAAACCUGAUCUCAGAUGCCUCCUGGUCCAGCAUUGCUCUGGAUAUGCUUAAAACUAAGCAAGGGAAUCUUGCAGCUAGCAACGGCAAUGGGGGCAGUCACAAAGGGAGCAAUGGGUUCCUGAAUAGUCCGAGCACAGGGGAUGUCCAUGUGAAAAGCAGAUGUAGCAGUAGCAAUGCCUCAGCCACUACUAAUACCACCAGCAGUACCACCACAAGGACGGUGACAAGCAGCAGCAAUAGUGGCACUAUUGUAAGUUCUGGCAGCACAGGGGGGUUAGCAUAUGAUUGGCACCAGGCAGCAUUGGCCAAAACCCUCCAGCAUACCCCAUACCAACUCCUUCCUGAGCCUAGCCUUUUCAGCACCGUGCAGCUUUACAGACAAAACAAUAAACUCUAUGGCCCCGUGUUUACCGGUGCCAGCAAGUUCAGGUGCAAGGACUGCAGUGCAGCCUAUGACACUUUGGUCGGCCUGACAGUACAUAUGAAUGAAACAGGCCAUUACCGUGAUGACAACAAGGAUACCGAGAAUGAUAGAAGCAAGACGUGGUCCAAGCCACGCAAGCGGUCCCUGUUAGAGAUGGAAGGCAAAGAAGAUGCCCAGAAAGUCCUUAAAUGCAUGUACUGUGGCCACUCUUUUGAAUCCUUGCAAGACCUUAGUGUCCACAUGAUCAAAACAAAACACUAUCAGAAAGUGCCUCUAAAAGAACCAAUGCCAGCCCUCACCUCAAAGCUGGUUCCCCCAACCAAAAAAAGAGCAUUUCAAGACUUAAUGUCCCCAAGUUCGCCAGAGUCUGUGUCAUCUGGCAUACUCCUGGGAGAUUCCUCCAAAGACCAAAAAAUGGCCAAUCCCUAUGUCACUCCUAACAAUCGAUAUGGUUACCAAAAUGGCGCCAGCUACACUUGGCAGUUUGAGGCACGUAAGGCACAAAUUCUUAAAUGCAUGGAAUGUGGCAGUUCACACGAUACCUUGCAACAACUGACUGCCCACAUGAUGGUCACCGGACAUUUUCUCAAAGUCACAAACUCAGCUUCUAAAAAGGGUAAGCAGUUGGUAUUUGAUCCCAUCACUGAGGAGAAAAUCCAGUCAAUUCCUCUGCCACCAAGUACCACACGACUCCCAGCUCCAAAUGGGAAGUCGCAGACUGAUUCGCCAAUGCACCCCUGUAGCCCAGAGGAGAGGAAUGAAGAAAGGAGAGAUGGAGAGAUGGUUGAAGAGAAAGUGGAACAUAGGGAACCAGAGAAAAAAAUCAAAGAGGAGAAAGAAGAUCCCUCUGAAAAGCCUGAAAAACCAGGAAAGGCUAGAUCUUACCAAUAUCUGACUGAAGAAGACUUGGAAGAGACGCCUAAAGGUGGCCUGGACAUUCUUAAGUCUUUAGAGAACACAGUUUCAAGUGCAAUCAGCAAGGCCCAAACAGGUACACCCACCUGGGGCGGAUACACGAGCAUUCAUGCUGCCUAUCAGCUCCAUGGAUCUUUGAAGUCGAGCUUGUCCUCCUGUGCACAGGUCCAGCCUUUGUUCAGCAGCAACAAUUUGAAGGCACUGUCCUCUGAGUUAGGUACCCUGAUCCAUUCACCAGGGAGCCCCUCACCACCUCCAUGUCACAGAAGCAACGUAUUGGCCAUGGAGGAAUUAGUAGAAAAGGUGACGGGGAAAAGUUCAGUGAAGACUGAAAAAGAGGAAAAACCUGUAGAAAACAAGUGCAGGCCCACAAAGUCACCAUUGCCAAAUCCUAAGGAUAAACUUCCUUCACACAGUACAGAGAAUCUCUCAAAGGUUAUGAAAGAGUCCGCAGCAGAGGGCCAUACAGAAUCGAAAGGCAAAGACGGAGAGCGGAUAGAAAGCAAACUAGAGAGACGCAUUAAGAGUGAAGUAGAUUCCCCAAAAAGGCUUGUUAGUAAUGGCUGCAAUAACCUGAGCAUCAUCACUGAUCACUCACCUGAACAACCACUUGUGAACCCUCUCAGUGCUUUGCAGUCGAUCAUGAACAACCAUUUGGGGAAAGCUUCCAAAGUGUCCACACCAUUCAUAGACCCCUUUGCUGUGCUUCAUAAGAUCAACAGCAACUCUCCUCAAAGCAAGUCAGCAGAACCUGAGCAUCAGUACCACCACAACAACAACAACAACAACAACGAUGAUGAUGACGAUCAGCCCAUGGACUUGACUAAAUCCAAAAACAUUAAUGGCAGCACAGCAAAGGGUACUUUUACGACACCAAACACCAACAAUAGCAGCAUUAACAACAGCAAACCGACCUUCCGAGCGUUCUCUCAGUCGUCUUCUCCACCUCUGCGGGAGAAUGCUCUGAUGGAUAUUUCAGACAUGGUGAAAAAUCUGACUGGUCGUUUGACGCCAAAGUCUACCACCCCGUCCUCCGUCUCUGAGAAAUCAGACAUCGACAGCUGUAGUUUUGAGGACGGCAUGGAGGAGCUGUCUCCCAUCCAAAGACGAAAGGGUAGACAGUCAAACUGGAAUCCUCAACAUCUCCUGAUUCUUCAGGCCCAGUUUGCCUCCAGUCUUCGGGAGACUCCUGAGGGGAAGUUUGUAAUUACUGACUUGGGGCCCCAGGAACGGGUCCACAUCUGUAAAUUCACUGGUCUCUCCAUGACUACUAUCUCUCAUUGGCUGGCCAAUGUAAAAUAUCAAUUGAAACGGACAGGAGGAACAAAGUUCCUCAAAAAUAUUGACUCUGGCCAGCCUUUGUUUUUGUGCAGUGACUGUGCAUCCCAGUUCAGAACUCCCAACGCCUACAUUCAUCAUUUGGAGUCCCAUCUUGGGUUUACCCUGAAGGACCUUGCCAAGCUUUCCAUAGACUUAUUAGAGCAGCAAGGGGUUGGCAGAAUAGAUGACAAGUCUUUCGGUUCUUCUGGACUCUUAGAAGAAGAUGCCGGCUCAAUUUACCAGUGCAAACUGUGUAAUCGGACAUUUCUAAGCAAACAUGCAAUCAAAUUGCACCUUUGCAAAACACACGGAAAGUCACCGGAGGACCAUCUCAUCUUUGUAAAGGAGCUGGAAAAGUUUGACAAACAAUAAAGUCAGAUUUAGCCUGGCAGCAUGACGGACUAUCAUUGCACUAUAGCUCUACGCCACAAUCUGUCAUAACAGAUAGUGCCACAGCUGCAUUGACCACUGAUGGGACACGCGUUAUGGCGACAACACGGUAGCUUUAAAGAUCCAGUGUAAAGAAUUAGUGACGUCGAAUUGUGAGACUGCAGAUCAUAACAAACGCAAGACUCCGCCACUCACCCGUCUUUUUCCAAAGCAUGUCAGGGAGCUACGGUGGCCUUCACAUACCAGAAAGGAUAUUCUUCUUUUGUGUCCACUUCAAAAAUGCAAAACUGGUUGGAUAAGAUGGCGGCCUCUGUAAACCAAGGCCCUUGCCUAAAGUACAUACUGUAUACA